GUGGAGUUUCCUAACCCAACCAAAGCGUCUGAUCUUCAGCAGACGCAAACCCCCGGGUAUUUAUUGGGAAAUUGAAAAACGGAGAAAGAGGAAGGGAGUAAAGGGGGGAAGGAGGAAGGAGGAACAGGGGAGCUCUGAUCAGGACAUCCUUACCCUGUAGAAUCCCCCCUCUCUCUCUCGCUUUCUCUUGGUUCGGCGAGAAUUGCCGUCUCUUUUUCCCUCUAUCGAGACCGUAGGGUUUCGAUUAAGUUUCUGUCGGCAAGAAGAUGGCCUCGAUGGUGGAAGAGCGGGUCAGCGUGCCGGAGAGUUUCAGGGAUCUGAAGGAGGAAGAAGAAGGGGAAGAGGAGGAUGAGGAGGAAGACGUCUGCCGGAUCUGCCGAAACCCCGGCGACGCCGACAACCCUCUGCGGUACCCUUGCGCCUGUAGCGGCAGCAUCAAGUACGUACACCAAGAAUGCCUCCUCCAGUGGCUCAACCACAGCAACGCCCGGCAGUGCGAGGUAUGCAAACAUGCAUUUUCCUUCUCCCCAGUUUAUGCGGACAAUGCUCCCUCAAGGCUUCCUUUUCAGGAAUUUCUAGUUGGCAUUGCUAUGAAAGCAUGCCAUGUUCUUCAAUUUUUUCUACGCCUCUCUUUUGUGCUCUCAGUGUGGCUUCUUAUCAUUCCCUUCAUAACUUUCUGGCUUUGGAGAUUGGCCUUUGUGAGGAGCCUAGGUGAAGCACGGAAGUUAUUCUUGAGCCGGAUUUCUGCUGCCUUGAUCCUUACAGAUUGUCUGCAUGGAUUUCUACUUUCUGCUAGCAUUGUAUUUAUAUUUCUUGGGGCCACAUCAUUGAGGGACUACUUUAGGCAUCUACGAGAACUUGGAGGGCAAGAUGCUGAUAGAGAAGAUGAUGCCGAUAGGCAAGGUGCUCGUGCAGUAAGGAGGCCAGGCCCUGGAAACAGGAUUCAGGCUGGAGCUGGAAAUGUUGAUGAUGCUCCAGGGGGGCAAGGAAUUGCUGGUGCAGGUCAAAUCAUUAUGAGGAAUGCAGAAAAUGUUGCCGCACAGUUGGAAUUGCAGGCAGCUCGUCUUGAAGCUCGUGUUGAGCAAAUGUUUGAUGGUCUUGAUGAUGCAGAUGGUGCUGAAGAUGUGCCUUUCGAUGAGCUUGUUGGCAUGCAAGGACCUGUUUUCCAUUUGGUUGAAAAUGCAAUAACAGUUCUGGCAAGCAACGCAAUAUUUCUUGGUGUUGUCAUCUUUCUUCCUUUUUCAGUUGGACGGCUGCUAGUUUUCUAUGCUUCUCGGAUUCUUUCCACAACCUCUGGGACACUCCGCUCAAAUUUCAUGCCUGUUAUGGAGUCAGCCCUUGCCUUGGCAAACACAACAGUGAACAAUCCUAUUAGCUAUGUCGCCAAUAUAUCUGAAGAUGGUGGUGGUACUAUUUUGGCUGGUCAGCUUGCCAGCUCUUUAAAUAUGACCAGUUUAGGAGAUGCUGCAGGCAGUAGUAGUGGAUUGGGAACAAAUAUUUUCAAGGGGAUGCCCACAACAUUUCACCUUUCUGAUGUCGCAACUCUUGCUAUUGGAUAUAUGUUCAUAUUCUGUGUGGUGAUCUUUUACCUGUCUCUAUUGGCCUUGAUUCGCUACUGCAAGGGUGAACCUUUGGCUAUGGGUAGGCUUUAUGGAAUUGCCUCAGCAGCAGAGGCAAUUCCCUCUAUAAUGAGGCAGUUUUUAGCUGGAAUGAGGCACCUAAUAACUAUGGUUAAAGUUGCAUUUCUCUUGGUGAUUGAGCUUGGGGUGUUUCCUUUAAUGUGUGGCUGGUGGUUGGAUAUUUGUACAAUUAAGAUGCUUGGAACUACAGUUGCACAGCGAGUUGAGUUCUUCUCUGUGUCACCUCUGGCGAGCUCCUUGAUCCACUGGGCCGUGGGAAUCGUAUAUAUGCUGCAAAUAAGCAUUUUUGUUAGCCUUCUACGAGGGGUAUUGCGCAAUGGUGUUCUGUAUUUUCUUCGAGAUCCUGCAGAUCCUAAUUACAAUCCCUUCCGUGAUCUAAUUGAUGAUCCUGUGCACAAGCAUGCCCGACGUGUUCUUCUAUCAGUUGCUGUUUAUGGUAGUUUAAUUGUCAUGCUGGUGUUCUUACCAGUCAAGCUGGCAAUGUGGAUGGCUCCAUCAAUUUUUCCUUUGGACGUUGGUCUCUCUGAUCCAUUCACUGAGAUUCCAGCAGACAUGCUUCUUUUCCAAAUUUGUCUGCCAUUUGCUAUGGAGCAUUUCAAGCCCCGAAUAACAAUUAAAGCAGUUCUUCGAAGGUGGUUUACUGUAGUUGGUUGGGCUCUUGGAUUGACUGAGUUUCUGCUGCCAAAACCUGAGGAUAAUGGUGGACAGGAAAAUGGAAAUGCUGGCCAAGCAAGGCAGGAAAGAGUGGGUGUUGUCCAUCGACCUGGUGCUGAACUCCAUGAGAGAGCUUUGGUAGCUCAAGCAGCUGUGAGGGACACUGAUAGAUUUAUUCAAGGGGCCAGAAACCUACAUGCUGCUGAAGGAUCAGAUAGUGACGAACAAGCUGGCACUGAAGAGUAUGGGUUUGUUGUUCGAAUUGUGUUGUUGUUGCUAUUAGCAUGGGUAACGCUGCUUCUCUUUAAUUCAACCUUGAUAGUUGUGCCCAUAUACUUGGGACGUGUGGUCUUUGGUGCCAUUCCCCGCCUGCCAAUUACUCAUGGCAUCAAGUGCAAUGAUAUUUAUGCGUUCAAUAUUGGGUGUCAUCUUCUCGGGGCUUCUAUUGCUGGGAUUAGAUAUUCUUUGGGGUAUCUUAGAACCCAGAGAAUGGAAUUUCUUGUGCAGGUUCUGAAAUGGUGCUCUGUCUUGCUUAAGAGUGCUGCUCUCUUGUCCAUAUGGAUUUUCGUCAUCCCAGUAUUGAUUGGUCUGCUGUUUGAGCUGUUAGUGAUAGUUCCACUGCGGGUGCCUGUGGAUGAGAGCCCUGUUUUCCUUCUGUAUCAAGAUUGGGCAUUGGGGCUAGUAUUUCUCAAGAUCUGGACAAGAUUGGUUAUGCUGGAUCAAAUGGCGCCCCUUGUUGAUGAGAGUUGGCGGAUGAAGUUUGAGCGGGUGAGAGCAGAUGGAUUCUCAGGGCUGCGUGGUUCGUGGGUCUUUUGUGAGAUUGUUGCUCCAAUUCUCUUGAAGCUUUUGACUGCACUAUGCGUACCAUAUGUGUUUGCAAGAGGAGUAUUUCCAGUGCUGGGCUAUCCACUGAUUGUGAACUCUGCGGUGUAUCGGUUUGCAUGGCUUGGUUGCCUUCUCUUUUCUUUCUUGUGGUUCUGUGUUAAGAGGUUCCAUGUUUGGUUCACCAAUCUGCACAACUCAAUUAGAGAUGACCGUUACUUAAUUGGAAGGAGGCUGCACAAUUUUGGGGAAGAUGUCAUGCAAGCUAAGGAUACAAAUGUAAUUCGGGAGCAGCGUUUUGGCGGUACAAGCAUACCUGGUUCAGGCCAGCAGCAACAAGAAGAAGAUGCUGGUUUAAGGUUCCGACCCCGUCGACAUGAGCACCUGAUGGCCUGAGGGAGCUGGGGAAGGGGAUGCUGGAUGAAAAGACAUUGUUUGAUGCAUUUCUGAGGUAGAACAGAAUUCCCAAAGGGGGGGCUUCCAGCUGGUGUGGAUUCCUCGUUUAGUCAUGUGGGUUGCUCUCUUCUGUAUGAUUAUGAAAGUGUGAUUUAGAGGAUAAAAUGACCAUUUUGGAGGUAUCAAAGGUACGUCCGCAGGCUUUUGUACGAACAUCAAAUAGCGAAAGUAAAACUUGGCCUUUGUGCAUAUUGUCCGA